AUGCCGAUUACUCGAAUGGGGCUUGGGCAAAAAUUGUUAUGUUUUCGUAGCCUGGACAAAGUGAUCUUUCUGGGUCUCUCGUGCAAACUGUUACUCUUUGGCGCACUCCUUUCGUUCUUUCGAAGUCCUCAAUCCGAUUUGAGAGAUGAAGAUUCUCACGUACUUGUUAAUUCAUAUUGGCUUUAUAAAAAGAUGGAUGAAGAUCCUUACUUGACUCCAACAAUCUUCGAUAAUAAUGUAACAGAGAAAUCCAGAAAUAAACCAGAAACGAUCGCCGAGUUAAAUUUGGCUUACGAAAAAGGUCAAGGUAAAGUGAUAGUGGAUCCAAAUGAGGCUGAUAUUGAGUUUGGUGAAGCAUUGGCUAGCCGGCUCAAAACAGAUGAAACCGGGAAAAUGAUACUUUGGCCUCAACCUGAUGAUAGUCCAGAUGAUCCACAAAAUUGGUCAUCAAAGAAAAAAAUUCAGAUCCUUGUAGUCCUAACUUUGGCAUCUUUUAUUCCCGAUUUCUGUGGUACUAUAAGUAUACCAUCUACAUUUCAACUUGCUACUGAAUUUAACACGACCCCUGCCCAAAUCAAUGAUUUGACCACAAACUGGGCAGUUUUUAUGUUAGGGCCCGGAGGGAUCGUUGCAACAGUCCUCGUUAAACGAUAUGGACGUCUUCCAAUUCUCUUCUGGUCACAAUUCAUCGGUUUAGCUUUCUUGAUUGGAUGUGCAGCUUCACGUGAUUUGAAGACAUUUGCUGCGAUGCGAUGCAUCAACGCUUUUUUCUCUUCAGCACCACAAGUCAUGGGCCUUUAUGUCAUAAACGACAUGUAUCCUUUCCACUUACAAGCUAGGAAGGUAAAUGUAUGGACAAGUGGAUUUCUUUGUUCACCAUUUGUUGCACCGUGGCUCUUUGGAUACCUAAACGCUAAAAUUUCAUACCGAUGGGGUUAUUGGAUCGCAUGUAUGUAUGUAGGGAUUGUUGUGAUAUUGAUUGCAUUUUUUGUUGAAGAAACAAGCUAUGACCGAAACUCACCUGUGAAGACGGAAAGAUCAAAGAGUUUAACCGUAAGAUUUAAAAGUCUAAUUGGGAUCACUAUCAUUCAAGAAAAACGCGGUGCGACAUGGAAGGAAGCUAUUUGGCCUAUGAUCAGAUUACUUAGUAGACCUCAUCUGGUUGGAAUACUUCUUUAUAUGGGAGUUCUGUUUGGGUUCAGUAUCGGAGUCAACAUUACCAAUGAAACAGAUGCCACACCAGUAGUUGCUGUAUUUGUAGGAGAAUUUGUGGGACAUCAUUUGAAUGAUUUGAUUGCUUUCACUCUCACCAAACGUAACAAAGGAAUCUUUGAACCUGAGAUGCGACUGUGGACAUUGCAUAUCGGAUUACCAUUUUAUGUGAUUGGAUUCGUUAUGUUAGGUGCAGCAUUUCAAUAUAAACUUAAUCUUGCGAUUUUAGUAUUCGGUUGGGGUAUGGCUCAAGCUUCAAUUAUGCUCAGCACUGUUGCAUGUUUGAAUUAUGCAAACAAUGCAUUCAACUACCCAGGAGAAAUCUCAGCUCUAUUAAAUUUAGCUAGAAUCCUUGGUGGGUUUGCAGUACCUUAUUUUCAAGUUGAAUGGGCCAGUUCAAGAGGUGCAUUGGAAACAUUUGGAUGUGAAGCAGCAAUCGUUGCAGGAUUGUUUUUCUUGACGAUACCUAUUUUACAAAUCAAGGGUAAAACACUUAGGGCAAAGUAUGCAAUGGAUUGA